AUGACAACACAACAAUUUCUAUUAGCUUCUGCAAGUUCGCUGUAUCCGACUUCAGCAAAGGUGGCAGAGUCGUACCUCAAUAAUUCUCCCAUGGAACAUGUCAAGAAGUUCACGUUUUCCCACAUUGAAGACCUGCUGAGAACGACAUACGCUUGUCCGGCAAAGAUGAACGUUUUUUCGCCCGAAGGAGAUACAAAAUCAAGUAAUUUUUCGGAGACUAUGUACGGAAACCGAGUAGGAGCGGGAAAUAGACAAAACGUUUUCGAAAAAAGAAAUUAUCGAAAUGUGUCGGAAGGAUAUGAACAAGUUCAUGAUCAUGUCGACUGA